AGGCGACGAUAGAAAAGACACUGAAAGAGCACGCCCACUCCACCGAGAUCUUCGAAAAUAUUGAACAUUCCAGCUCGGACAUUGACAAAGGCAUCGAUGCCCUGUCGCUCCUCUACCUCUUUGAGGCGGUGGCGUCCGGCGUGGCUCCAGGAAUCGCUAACAUGUAUUUUGCCAGCAGGCAAAGCGUGUUUUUGGUGGAGCUGGUUCGGGAAGCCUUGUGGCUUUUUCUAUGCCAGAAUUAUAGUGGAAAGGACACCAGCAAGUUCGAUUACUUUGUGAAUGCGUUCGAAUCCGUUCACAAGGCGCUACUCGAAGGUGGCAAGGAAAAGUAUUCCGGCAUUAUUCUGCCGCACAGCACGGAUCAUUGCGUCCUGACUCAGAUGGCAUAUGUCAAGCAGGAUUUCGGAGACCUUCGUAACACGAUGGUGCAGCUCUUUUCCUACGAGGACUUUCAAAUACUGCAGAAGGGCUACGUGAGAGCUGAAGCGUCUACUGCCUUCUUGGUCCAGGCUAUGAAGGACUUCAAAGCGGCUUGGGUGUCCUUUCGCUCAACGGACACUAUGCGGUCCCGAGAUCUGCUGGUUGCAUAUCACUUUUCAAAUCCCAAUGCAGCUGGCUCCAAAGACAAGUUGAACUCCGCAAGUGGACCUGAAGCCUAUCAUUCAGUUCACAGGAAAUAUCAUCCGGAGUACCGAGCAAUCUUGUACUCGAGGAACUACUAUGACAUAUUUUUCUUCGACCUGCAGGGAAAUUGCAUCUACUCGGUGUUCAAGGAGUUGGACUUCGCAACAAAUUUUGCUGCUACUGGUAGCGGUCCCUAUCGCAGUUCCGGACUGGGCGAAGCCUAUCAGGCUGCCUUGGCUGCCCCAGAGGAGAUCCAUGUGACCCCCUGGGCGCCCUAUGAUCCCAGCAAGGGGGCCUUGGCCAGCUUCAUUUGCACCGGUGUGCGUGACGGUUCAGAGUUAAUUGGAGUCUUCUGCACACAGAUGCCAGCUGAAACGAGGCCAAUCACGGUGGCGGAGAUGGAAACCGCACUGGAUCGUGCGUCAAAAAGCAUGGACCUGGCAACCAGCUACAAAGUGUAUCAUCCGGGGUGCACAUCCACCAUAAGCCAAACUGCUUGGGAGCAACUCAUUGCGAAAAUGUCAUUGGUCGAGGUAGACAGCUAUCGAAUUCAAACUGAGUUCCAGCUGCUCAACGCAGGCUACUCACAGCUGUGGCUGGAUCAAGCUGAUCAGGGUCGUGAGGAACAAAAGGCCAAAGUGGCUGCUUCAGUCACUACGGAGCUCGGCGACGCUUUCGUUGAGUUCAAAGCUGCCUGGGAUG